AUGUCCGACUUGCUUGAAGACGAAUACUAUGAAAGACACACUGAUAACCAUGAUAAUGAUAACAUAAAACGUGAAGAACAUGAAGAAAUGAAAAAAACUUACCUUCGCGAAGCGUGUCUUGCUCUUGGAAGUCGAGAAAAGACUUUACUAGAUGAUGGACAAGUUGAAGAUGUUUAUGUGAUUGGUGAUUUAUGUAAAUAUGCCUUAAGGAACAUUAUAGAAUUAAUAAGAAUGGAUCGGCCACUUGUAAUCACAUAUUUAUCAAAUUUAAAUAUUCUCGAGAAAGAUCUUUUCCCGAUAGUGACUUUGAAUCGUAACUCUAGCAAUAAAAAUGAAAAGAAUCUUACUUAUGGUUGCGUUGAUCUUUUUAUUCAAAUGACCGAAUCAUUACAAGGAGAUAGCAAUCUUUUAGAAGAGGAUGUGAUAGAUGAAGAUUUGAUUGUCGAACAAAAAACAAAGCAACUUGCGGCUCAGGAAGCGCAACAGCGAUUCAAAGAAUUGUUUAUUCGAAAUCCGAUUGCUUUGGAAACUGUUCGUGAUCUCCUCUGCGAGAAUUUAGAGCAAGAGAAAUGGAAAAGAACUAAAGAAGAAAGAACUGAAGCACGUAAUAUAAUUGGAUGUUGUUUAUUCUUCUUUCGUAAUUUAGCUGGAAUACAGGAAUCAUCCACAUUACUUGAUAAUACACAUAAGCUUCAGAGCCAAUUAAUCGUAUUGUUUCACGAAAAAGAAAUUCUUCGUCUCCUUGUGGACAUUGCCUCAAAUCACAAGAAAAUGGAAGACUGGUAUUAUCUAGUGCAGGAAAUAUUCUAUUUUAUAUUUUUUGGAGUUAGACCUAAAGACAUGUUUGUUGAUUUGUCGAAAAAGUAUGAUGAGACAUUCGAGAUGGGGAGGGUCGCAUACUAUGAAAGUGGUCUAACAUUUACAGUACAUGGACAAAAGCCGUCGCUGGAUCCUGGCCCUCAGCUACCUGAUCGCGGGAGAAAGAAAUUUCGAAAAACAAAAAACUUGGAUGAAUUUGAUAAAACCAAAAGCUUGACACCAAUUGCACUUAACUUGCUCAAAGAAACAGCGACCGAAUUAAUAGAUUAUGGCGGACUUAAUGAAAUGAUAUUUUAUGUAAAGAAAGGCAUCGAACAUCAAAAGGCAGAAAUACAUCCCGAUGAUCAUGUCAAAUUGUUAUACAUGAUUCGAUUCUUUAUCGAAAUGGAAUUACUGCUGAUUAACGAAUCGCAAAAACCUCUACCACUCCGAGACAAUUAUAACGGAAAAAAGAAUCAUCCGCUGUCACCUUUAACAUCUCCUCUUCCAUUACGAGAGAUUAAUUUUAAUUUGGUGCAAAGUAUCAUGAAUAUAAAUGGAUUUUCAUUUAUUUUAAAGAAAUUGGACGAAUUUCGGGAAAAAAAGUCGUGGGGUGAUUUGCAUUAUGCUAUUGAAUGUUUUCUUCACAUGCUUAAUUAUAUACAAGAGAUGAACAAAUCAUCGUAUUCUGAAGAUAAAAAGGACGCUAGCGCGUUACUCUCUGAUAUAUUUUCGGAAGCGGCUACCUUCGACAUGAUUCUCGGAAUUGUGAAAGAUUACAAGACUCAGUCUCUUGGAUAUUUACAAAGCGUGAUCGAAAUGAUUGAUGUGUUCUUUCGGUUGUUAGAACAAUAUUUGGCCACAAGCCAUUUGUAUACACGAAAGAAACGAGUGGCUAGAAAGAAGAAAAAAACGAAAGCUAAGAAAGCAAAAGAAACAGCAGAACAAGAAGCAGUCUCCAUUAAUGAUAAAACCGAAGACGUUCAGAAAAAUGAAGAACAAGAAGCAAAGAAGUAUGAGUAUGAAGAUGUCGAAUUUAAAUUCGAGUCUUUUCAGAGUCGUUUCGCAAAUGAAUCUAUGGUCAAGAUAUACAGCACUCUCCUAGACGUAUACGACUGGCCAAACACUCGUACUAUCCAACAUAUAACUAAUAUGUUUAAUCGAAUAGCAGUGAAGUGUCGCGGAAUAGGGUUGUUCUUUAAGCUUUCGACUUUGGAGAUAUUUAAUCGUACCUUGAUCAGACUUCAGAAAUUACCGAAAUCUCCAGUGCAUUUAGAUCUCGAAGAUUUUAUAAAGUUUUGUGUGAGACAGUUUGUCAAAGCAGCGAAAUCUGAUCCUAGUCUUUUUGCAAGUGUUCUAUUGCCAAAAAGACGAGGUGAUUACAUUUUAUCGAGCGAGGAGGAUAAUUUACCAAAUUCCAGUAGAAAGGAUAGUAUAGAAACUAGUGUGCUAAAUACAGAAUGUUUUAAUGAACAAGAGCAAACCAUACAAUCUAACGUUGAGGCUUCUGGUGAACAAGAGCAUAGCGUCGAACAAUUUAAUCUCGAAUCUACGGGAGAGGAAGAGCAAAAUGUACAGUCUAAAGAAGAUUCUCUUGGAAGCCAAGAGCAAAAUUAUGAAGUUGACCCUGAACAAGAGAAUGGAUUGCAGAGUAAUUCUAACAAUAUAAAUAGUACUAAACCCGAGAGAGAAAUCGAAAUCAAAAGUCGUGAACCUUUUUGGAAACGAUAUUCCAAAAAGACCAAACAUGCAACUGGUUCAAAACCAGCCAGUAACGAUAAAUAUAAUUCGGAUUAUUCGGAUUCCAAUUCUAAUGUGAUUGUUGGUGGAUCUAGCAAAGGUUCCACUAUUGAGAGUUCACCUCCGAACAAUCUUGAUUCGAAUCUGUCACAAGGACAAUCAUCACGAAUAAUUGAUGGAGAUGAUCAUGACGAGGACGACAAUUAUGAAUUCACCGUGAAUCUCGCACCAAUAGUCAAGGGUACGGAUUAUGAAGAUGAAAACGCUACGCGCGUAGCUAAUAAUGGACUUUCUUCGUCCUUGACAGUUGGCAUCGAAGACGGAAAUAAUAAUGAAUCCUCAAAAAGCAAUAAAAUAAUGGAUAUUGAUGAAGAUAAUGAAUUCUCAAUAAGUUCAAAAUUAAUAAUAGAAAAUUUCAAGGAUCGCGAACAAUUAAAAUCAAUAUAUAUUGAAGAUGAAGCCGAAGAGUCAGAAGACGAAUAUAAAGGAAUGGGUGGUUCAGAUAAGGAAGAUGACGAUGACGAUGUUGCUGAAUUGAUGGAAUUUAUUAAUAAUGAUAUGAACAAAGAAAAUACUGAUUCAUUGGAUGUUCAAAAUCUCUUCCAACAACAAAUAUUGGAAGAAGAUCAAGCUGAGGUGGCUCGAAUACAGCGAGAUCUCGAAAAAGGACGCAUUGGAAAACGAAGGCGUAACAAUAUUGGGGGUUUAUUUGACGAUGAUGAUGAUAGUGACGAUGCGGAACAAAAAAAGCGGAGUAGAGCGAAUUAUUCAGAUGAUGACGAUGACGAGAAGAAAAUGUAUAGUCUAGCUCAGCGCGCAAACUCAAUUUUUGCUUUUGCAAUGACCGUAAUAUUUGGUCUCUUGGGUGCAAUCGCAUUUGUCUCGCCAUACUUGCCGUCUUCGCCGACGGCCAGUAUAAAUAUACAGGACAUGCAAGUAUGGAUAUAUGAUUACGGCGGAAGUUGGCACGAGUUUGCUUUUGUGAAUAUGGAUAUUGACGCAGAUUUGACCUCACUUUUCAAUUGGAAUACCAAACAAUUGUUCGUGACGGUAGUGGCAGAGUACGAAUCCGAGACACAUGACGUAAAUCAAAUUGUACUAUGGGACUCGGUGAUCAGAUCAAAAGAGGACGCUAACAUAACAUUAAAACAGCUUCAAAAUAAAUAUAAUUUUCAUGAUAUAUCACCAAGUUUUAGCGGAUUGAAUGCCACAUACUCGCUUCAUUGGGAUAUAAUGCCACAUGUUGGAGGAUUAAAGAAUGGACAAGUGAAAGCAGUUACUGAGAUAAAAUUCCCGGCACCUGAAAACAAACCUUCCAAAUAA